GGUCGUGGGUACUUGGGUGAUGGUCUCGCUUGACACCCUAGGGAAGGGGCUGUCUCACUACUUGUGAUGAAGGUGAGGGCUUGCUGGGGAUCCUAGAAAAGAAACCUGCCUUUCCUGUUUACUUUGCGAGUGUAAGGAAUCUUUCCUUCCCACUCCCAACCUUUAUCGGGAAAAGACAAGACCACGGGGCUCUUUGGCUUCUUAGCUCGUUAAGAAUGGAGGAGAUGAGUGGCUGUAAUUAGUUUGAGGACAUUUACCCGAGCGACUAGGGCUGGGAGUAAUGGCAAAUGCUGUACACGCCCACAGGACACGCGCUAAAUCGUGGGCGCCUUUCUUCCCCAUUGUAAGGAGGAGCGGGUUACAGAUGGACAAAAACACGGAACACAGCUGCGUGGUUGAGAUCACACAGCUUGGUCAGGGGGGGAAGGUUUCUCUACCACCUGUGGGUGUUUAGGAAGAAGAGCUGUUUGUUUGGGUACUGGGGAUGGAACUCAGAGCCUUCGCACGGAGGGACGUCCCCAGACCUGGCAGUGUUUUGAGACAGGGCCUUGCCAAGACACUAAGUUGCCCAGGCCAGGCCCAAACUUGCCACCCUCCUCCCUCGGUGUCUCAGAAUGCUGCGAUCUCACCACGCCCGGUUGAAUUUCCUAAGAUUUUGAAAAGCUUUACAACAAAUCCACCUUUAAAAAAAACCCAAAAAACAAAUCUACCUUGUAAACGGCAAACAGCUGGGUUCUCACUCAGCUAUUGGUGCUGGUACAGGUAGAGAAAGUAAAUGAUACACAGUUGAGAUCAAAAGGGCUGGGCAAAUAGCACGGAAUAAUUAUGUAACCUAGGGGGCCCCUUACUCCAUCCUUUGUAUGCUGCUGUACAGCUGAAGAACCUCCUGCUCCUCCUCAGCCAUAACUGAGCUUUAUUUUCUUCUGGGAAAUGUCUUCGGGAAGGAAGCAGAUGGAGAAUAGUAGUUGCUAGAAAUUAUUACCUAGAGUGUAGAUUUUUGUAUUUGUUCCCGUGUUUUAAAUGAAAGUUACAGUGAAAACUUUCUCGGUGCCCUUUAAAUUUAGAUUCAGUACACUGCAUCUCUGGGGUUCUUGGAUUUUUUUGUUUCGGUGCUGAGGAUGGAACCUAGGAUCUUCUCAUGGAGCUUUAUCCGCAGCUAAUGUAUUAUUUUUUAUUUUGAGACGGGAUCAGUUUCACUCAUUUCCCCAGGUUGGGCUUGAACUUGUGAUCCUCCUGCCUCAGCUUCCCAGAGUGCUGGGAUUACAGUUAGGUGCCACCAUGCCCGGCCUGUUUUUUUUUAAGUCAGUAUAUAGAUAUUUGUGUUUAAGUGAUAAUGGGCUCAAAGGGAAGAAGAACUUCACAAGGAGGUGAUACAGGGCCCUAUUCAAAUUCCUCUCAAGACCAAAGGAGCUGGCCCGGAUCAUUUGUUGGCAGUACUUACUGGCUGAAGUCAGUUUUCAUUUCAAGGAGAGAGUGCAUCCUGAGCCGACCUGCACAGCUGAGGGAGCUUGGGCAGAGGUACAAAGCGGAUGCCACGUCGCGCAAGGAAGUGAUUACACCGCCCGGCUCUGGUGCCAGAGAACAGAUUCAAUCAGGGGCGCCUCCACCGGGCAGCCCUCUCAGAUGUUGUCUUCCAACCAGCCUUGGGCGUAGGAUGUUGGAGAACCCAGAGCAGGAGGAAGUGAUUACAGUGCGCGUUCAGGACCCCCGCGUGCAGAAUGAGGGCUCCUGGAACUCCUACGUGGACUACAAGAUCUUCCUCCAUACCAACAGCAAGGCCUUCACUGCCAAGACUUCCUGUGUGCGGCGCCGCUACCGCGAGUUCGUGUGGCUGAGAAAGCAGCUGCAGAGAAAUGCUGGCUUGAUCCCUGUCCCCGAGCUUCCUGGGAAGGCCCCCUUCUUCGGCAGCUCGGACGAGUUCAUUGAGAAGCGCCGCCAGGGCCUGCAGCACUUCCUGGAGAGGGUCCUGCAGAGCGUGGUCUUCCUGUCGGACAGCCAGCUGCACCUCUUCCUGCAAAGCCAGCUCUCGGUGCCUGAGAUCGAGGCCUGCGUGCAGGGCCGGAGCCCCACCACGGUGGCCGACGCCAUCCUGCUCUACGCCAUGUCCAACUGUGGCUGGGCCCAGGAGGAGCGGCUGGGUGUGGCCGGCCAGGCACAGGGUGAUCAGCCCAACAGUUGCUGCUUCCUUCCGAGGUCUGGGAGGAGGGCCUCGCCCUCGCCACCCCCCAGGGACGGGCAGGACCGGCUGGCAGUGUGGGCCCCUGUGGUCGACUCCGAGGCACCUUCCCUGGAAAGCCCUGCGCUGCCCCUUUCCUCCUCACCGCCAUGCUGUGGCUGCACACGGCCGGACACUGAUGAGGGCCGCUGUGCUCCCCAGCCUGCGAGGACGGCUGAGGGGGCCGACCAUGCUGUGCCUUUGGACGCUGGCCAGUUGGAUGCAGUUUGGGAAAACUAAGGUCUGCUCUGAGCUCUGGUCUACUUGAAGACAGAGAAUGAACCAGGCGUAGUGGCGUACGCCUGUCAUCCCAGCACUCAGGAGGCUGAGGCAGGAGGAUCUCUGUGAGUUCAAGGCCAACCUGGGCUACAUAGACCCUGUCUCAGCCCCCCACCCCCAAAAGACAGUCAGAGAAGGUGCAGGCAGGAGACUGGUUCUGAUGGGGUGGGACAGUGGGGAGGGGGUGGUAGGGUGCACAGAGGUCUGUCGAGAUUGUCCCUCCCGACUCCUCUGUAGAACAGAUGUUACGCAGCUAAGUUACACUGCAGGACUGGGGGCUGCUGUUUUUGCACAGGAGCCUGGAUUUAGUCUCUUGGGAGCCCAGUCUGUGGGUGAGUCUGUGGUGGGAGCCUCAGGUGAGGCUUUGGGACCUGACCGGCUGCCAUGUUGAACAUGGGCCCAACAGCUGUGCCCAUGGGGUUGCAUUCUCUUCUUGGCUGCCCGCCCCCCUUUUUUUGUUUUGUGUCCUGGACGUUGGACCCAUGGUUACUCCACUGAGCCACAUCCUUACCCUGUAUUUUUUAUUUUGAGAUGGGGUCUUGAGUUGCCCAGGCUGCCCUUGAACUCGCCAUCCUCCCGCCUCAGCCUCCUGUGGAGCUUCAGUUUUUGCUGUGGCUCCCGGAGCACUGUGUUUCUGAGGUGCUGGGCUCCUGCCACCUCCUGGCCCAGAGCUUACUCCCUUCGAGCUACUUGUUUUUCCUCACUAAUCCCGCGGGGCAGAUCAGGUGCCGAGGCCCCUUUUGCUGGGGCUUCAGCAGCUGCCAAGACCUUGGCCAGCUCCAAGCUUGGGAGAGGGGCACUGGUCCCGGCUGGAGGGAGCCAGGGGCCGGGAGCUUUGUCUUGGAGCAGCCCUGUUCUGCCUGCAGGCUUGGGGUGGCCUAGCUGUUCCCAGUCCCUUCCCAUUUAGCGGCAGCUCCAUCCCCAGGGCUCUGGAGGCCACAGAGUCGGGGGGUGGGGGGUGGGGGCCUGUUCAGUCCAGGAGGAAGAGCCGCCCAGGGAUGAGGAUGAGGCACAAGAGGCCUCGAGCCUGCACACCAAGCUGUUGCCGUUCCCUGGUGUGUGGGCUCUGUCACUCCCAGCCUCUGUGGUGGCAUCUCGUUCAGAGUUGAGGGCCUUUGGCCUGAAAUAAAACGCAAGUAUUUAAGA